AUUGAUUGAACUAACAAGUCCGUCCUCCCUUUCAUCUAGCUGAACGUUACGGCCACAAUGGGUGUACCGUUAUACUGUCUUCCCCACGGAGGGAUUUCGUCGACGUACCGAGCCGUUGGAGGAAGUGCGGAGAAAUUGAUGCGCCUUUUUUAGCUGAGUUGGCUCAUGCCAAAAAACUGGCGAUUUGUUGCUCAUAAUAUUCAUAUAUUACUUUGGAAAAAAUUGCACCCAAAGUCCGGAUAAAUAACCGGAGAGAAGCGCCCCGUCACAUCUGUUAACAUGCCCCGGAGAAAGAGGACUGCAGGCAGCAGCUCGGACGGGACGGAGGACUCGGAUUUCUCCGCCGACCUCGAGCACACCGAAACCAACGAGAGCGCGCACAGGCGCAGCAGCACGCGCCUGACUCGCGCGUCACUGCGCCUCAGCCAGAGCUCACAAGAUCAUUGCAGCUCAGCACGGAGCAGUUCCCCUCCAGCUGCGGGUCCUGACGAAGGCCUGGAUUCAGCAGCAGAGUCAGCGGCGGCGACAGCAGCAGUGGCAGCAUCCGUCUUCUCCUCCGGGCGCAGGGUGACACGCAGCCAGCAGGGGGCGACAAACACCACGGCAAAAAAAUACCCACUGCGCCAGAGCAGGUCGUCGGGCUCAGACACCGAAGCUAAUGAGGUGAAGCAGGCGGCGGACCGGGACGAGACCCCCCCUCGCACUCCGACAGGCAACGCCCCCUCCUCAGAGUCAGACAUCGAGGUUUCCAGCCCCAGCAAUGACCUCGUGUCGUCUAGCAACGAUAUCGUAGUUUCCCAAGAAGAGGACGAGAGAUUGGCCAAGGAGCUGUCGCUCAAAGAAGCCGCCGCCCACGACCUCUCCCACCGACCCAAACGACGACGCUUCCACGAGAGCUACAACUUCAACAUGAAGUGUCCCACACCAGGGUGCAACUCACUGGGUCAUCUAACAGGGAGGCAUGAGAGACAUUUCUCCAUAUCAGGAUGUCCUCUCUACCACAAUCUGUCUGCAGAUGAAUGCAAGGGCAAGGCAACGACGCGCGAAAAACAGACCGAGGAAAGGACGCUGUCGCACCGCCAGGACGAGAACAGACACUCCACGAGAAACCAGGCCCCGUCGGACCGGCAGCUGCGCUACAAGGAGAAGGUGACGGAGCUGAGGAGGAAGAGGAACUCUGGUCUAAAUAAAGACCAGAAGGAAAAGUACAUGGAGCACCGUCAGAGCCACGGGGCGAGCAGGGAGCCGCUGCUGGAGAACAUCACCAGCGACUACGACCUCGAGCUGUUCAGGAAAGCGCAGGCACGUGCUUCGGAUGACCUUGAGAAGCUCCGUCUGUCCGGUCAGGUGUCGGAGGGCAGCAACAUGAUAAAGACCAUCGUGUUUGGACGCUACGAGCUGGACACCUGGUACCACUCUCCAUACCCGGAGGAAUACGCCCGCCUGGGGAGGCUAUACAUGUGCGAGUUUUGCCUUAAAUAUAUGAAGAGCCAGACUAUUCUGCGCAGGCACAUGGCCAAGUGUGUGUGGAAGCAUCCUCCAGGUGACGAGAUCUACAGGAAGGGGAACAUCUCUGUGUUUGAGGUGGACGGAAAAAAGAACAAGAUUUACUGUCAGAACUUGUGUCUGCUGGCGAAACUCUUCCUGGACCACAAGACUUUGUAUUACGACGUCGAACCUUUCCUCUUCUACGUCAUGACCGAAGCAGACAACACGGGCUGCCAUCUAGUCGGCUACUUCUCCAAGGAGAAGAACUCUUUCCUGAACUACAACGUGUCCUGCAUCCUCACCAUGCCGCAGUACAUGAGGCAGGGCUACGGCAAGAUGCUUAUAGACUUCAGUUACCUUUUGUCGAAGGUGGAGGAGAAGGUGGGCUCACCUGAGCGGCCCCUGUCUGACCUGGGCCUUAUCAGUUACCGUAGUUACUGGAAGGAGGUGCUGCUGCGCUACCUGAACAACUUUCAGGGGAAGGAGAUCUCCAUAAAAGAGAUCAGUCAGGAGACAGCGGUGAACCCGGUAGAUAUUGUCAGCACACUGCAGUCCCUCCAGAUGCUCAAAUACUGGAAGGGAAAGCACCUGGUUUUAAAGAGACAGGACCUUAUCGACGACUGGAAAGCCAAGGAGACCAAACGUGGCAACAGCAAGAACAUCGACCCCACAGCCUUAAAAUGGACACCGCCUAAAGGGACGUAAAGGAGAUUCCGUUCACACACAAAACACACACAGACAGAUCCUCCUCUGCACACUGGCAUGUACACAGAUCCUGAGCUUAAACCCUCUCACACACACACACAAACACACUGUCAUAAGAAACGCUUUCAGCAGCUACUCACAGAAUCAGUUGAUACUCCGGGUUCAUCAGUCACUGUCUGAGAAAAUCUACGUGAAUCUAGACCUACGUUUGUGGGAAAUUUGAGCAAGCUGCAGUCUGAGUUGCCAUCAAGGGAUUAGGAAGGCUUCAUACUGAAAUACUUAAAAUUAUAACAUAUUUAAGACCAGGACCUAUGAAAAGCAGCUAUGAAUCCAAGAUAAUGCUCAGAAACAGGUGGAAAAAGCUUUAUUGUGGCUACAGAUAUUUUAAAGUUAAUGGUAAGAAAAUAGUUAUUUAGAUAUAGUUGAGACAAUAAGCAAUCUUUUUGAAGACAUAUUUUAUAUUUAUCUUUUUACGACACUGGCUAUAACUCUUAAAUUACAGUAAUAUAUUACAUGAACUUUUUGGAUUCUUCUCCCUUUUCCAUGUUGUGUUUCUCUGCUGUUUUCCUGUCACUGAGAACAGAAAGAGAAAAAAGAGAGUAGAAAACUAGAUUUCCUCUUGUCUCAGCACUACUGUUCUUUAACUUCUGUUUAAACAUCAGUUCAGAUGACGGGUGCACAUGAGAACACAUGCACUACUGCCUUGGAAUAACGAGGUUUACAAUCCAGACAAGCCGAUUAUCAUCAGUCACGUUGAGAUUUUCAUUUUCAGGCUCAUGUUCUUUCAUGAAGUCCAACGAAGAUGAAAUGAUACUCACAGCAGCCAGUGAUGUCAAACUAAGUAGGAUCACAGACAAUAUCUCUUCGACCUGAAACCAAUUGUGCAUUGUUAGCGCACUUCAUUAGUACAGAUCACCAGUCGCGCUCGCUAAUCCAAUCUGCGACAGCCGGUAUUGAACCUGCGCUGCCUUUUCAUUCACUUCUCCAGACAGUCAACACAAUGCAGGUUGGCAUCACGUUGACUCUCAGAACUGAUUUUGGCAGACACUGACCAGCUGGCUGUAAUUAUACAGGACAUGGCUCUGGCUCCAAAAUGCAUAAACUUUCUAAGAAUAGGACCCCUGACCUCGAUUAAGCACCCUGGUCACAUGACAAAAGUCAGAGUUCCUACACAGACUGAGAAUUUUGAAUUUGAGAAUUGAAAAGAUACAGUAAUACCCAUGAAUAUAAUAUUAACGCCCAACUAGUAACUGUAAGAACUCAUUCGCUUAAAUGUGAAAUUUGCUCUCAUGUUGUCAUUUCACAUAUUGUUAGAUUAGUGGUAUCUGGAAACUGCAGACAUUUAAAAGGUAUGAAGAGUGAAGAUGGUCUCAGGUAUGAUGCACAGACCCAAGUGUACAAACAUUUCUUUUUUAAUGUUAGUUAUAUAAAUGACCCUUAAAGAAUGUCGAAGAGGAGUUUCACUUCACUGAGCUGUAGCUUGCAAAAUGAGCUGAACGCUAACGCUCAGUUGAAGGUGAAGUGUGUAGAAUUUAGUGCCAUCAAGUGGUGAGGUUGCAAAUUGCAACCAUUCCUAUACGCCACCACAAUGACAAUGACAGCGAAAGUCACAAAAAACGCAAAAGGCCCUCUCUAGAGCCAAUGUUUGGUUUGUCCAUUCUGGGAUACUGUAUAAAGGGCUCAUUCUAAGGUAAUGAUAAUAAUGAUUCUUAUAUUUUAGUGAUUAACACACAUUAAAAUCUAGCUAUAAAUAUAAUAUAUUAUAUACCAUUUCUGCUAAGUACGUUCCAAUAAAUGCCACUAAAUUCGACGAAAUGCACCUUUAAAUUCCUGACUCCCUGAUGUGACCUGGUCUGGACCUGUGAAAAGCAUCACGUGACGUUAUUUGGUUUGUUUACUGUAUGAUUUCAAGAAUUCAACAGCUGAAAAGAUUAUUGUUUGAUGAACACUGACUGUGGCUGUUUGAACCCGGAGCAAAUCAGUUCAUCAGCUUUUCUCUCAUGCAACAAAUACACACAUCACCAGUAUUUAAAUCAUCUCUCACUAGUCGGUCAGUUAGCCAGGAAACUAUAGCUGCCAUUGGCCAUGUUUGGAAUCUGCUAUGUUUGUUUUUUUUUAGCUUGUAUUUUAAAGAAGGCUGUGUUACUUCAUGUCUACGUGAGAAGGGGAGCCUACAAACAUGUUGUUCUGUCUGUUAUUUUUGUUAAAGUUCUCAAUGAAAUUUUAUACCUUUUCUACCUCUAAGGUUUUACCACUGUAUAAAAAAAAAGCUAGAAAUGCCCAUUUUAAGCUUCUUUGUUUCCCUUUUUAUCCCGUGUGUGUUGAUAUGUGAAAAUUUGUAGAUGUGCAAAGCAUUUUUUGUUGUUUUUUUUUACUAGAAUUUUCUAAAAUACACUAUUUAUAUUCUUUUAAAAAAAAAAACAUGUUUACUGUGUAGGAACGUAAAAAGACAUAGGAAAAGGUAUAGGAAUUUCUACUUUAUAGGACUGGCUUCCAUGUGAAUAUAAAUAUUUAUCUGAAAAUUGUAUGUAGAUUUGAAUGUGUGGAAGCUCUCUAAAGGUACCGGAGGGAGAAUCUGAGGCACACACACGCCCCCCCCCCCCCCCCCCCCCCCCCCCCCCCCACACACACACACACUCACACUCACACUCACACUCACACUCACACUCACACUCACACUCACACAAAUACCACCAACAGAAGUUAUUUACAUUUCAGAAGUUUAUCUCCUGUUAUCAAAAGCGACGUGAUUGAGUCAAAACAUGUGAGUUUAACACAUUGUCACUCCUUGUUACCAAUAUAACAGCGGCUCCAAGCAGUUAGGACAAUAUAAGCACAAUCGUUUGUUGCACCACCCUAAACGUGGUCAGCAGCAUUAUAUUUUGUUCUUCAUAGUCCACUGUGGUUGAUUUAUUUUUUAUGACAAUCUCCAUAUUUAUAGUUUUUGAUCAACAUGUUGAUUUUGUAAGCAUAUUUCUCAAAGCACUUGUUGGACAUUUUCGGAAAAUAAGCUUAUUUGCUUUCUUGGCGAGCAUUAGAUGAGAAGAUCGAUACCAUUCUCACGUCUGUACAGUAAUUAUGAAGCUACAGAUAGAAUCCGCUUAGUUUAGCACAAAGACUGGAAAUGGAGGGAAAUGUUAAGUUUUGUACAAAUUAAUCAAACAAGAUUCAACGUGUUAAAUUGCGAGUUUUAGAAGUGCUGCUAGGCUUUUUGUCCCUUUCCAGUUUUUAUGCUAAGCUAGGCUAACAAGCUGCUGCCUGUCCCUUCAUAUUUACCACAAAAUUAACAAUCUUCUCAUUUAUUAUUGUAUUGUACUUCUCACACGAUCCUUUCAAACAUUGUGCAUAAGCUUAGACAGCAGUUGGCUGUGAAAUUGGAGGUGUGUGGCCAACAGUGUCAGAUUGAAUCAAUUAUUGUUAGUUUUCUAGCUUUAGCGUUAUAGUUUCAUUGUUUCUUUCACAAGGCUGAAUAUUUGUGACUAUGGCUUCCCUCUUGUAGUAGAAAUUGUUGCCUUUGAAGUUCAUAAGGUUGCAUGUUUUGAUUUCUAAUUUCUUUUUUUUUCUUUUCUUUUUUUAAAGUGAUGUCUUUACUGUUAGUGGAUUAAUUUAUGUUUUACACGUUUCUAUCCGUCUCUUUACUGUGGUUUCUUCUUUCGGGUCUUACAAGAGAGAGCUGAUGAGUCACAUCACUGACUGACGGACUAAAACAUCAAUACAAACCGUUUAGGUAUAUGAAAGGACUACAUUUAUCCUUCUAGCACCUGUUAAUAAACCGCUCUGAAAUUUGCUACUGACAGAAUUUACUAAUGACGACGGUAUUUUUUGCUCGUCCUUAAGUGCAUUUACAGGAAAGUGCACUUAUUUCACGAAGGACUUUCAAAGGAAAAAUCAAUCCUUAAUACAACUCUUAAUACAGAUGUUCCACACAUGACUGGGGGCACUAUUUCUGUUUGGUUUCAGUGCCUCGCAAUCAAAGGAAUGGGUUAGGGUUAACUUUUUUGUCAAGAAAAGGCACAUUGAAACCAUAAAUUACAACACUUUGUCAAAAAAAGACCCCUGGAAUGUGUUGAACACCGCAAAUCCACCAUAUCUAACCAUGUGAAAGUAUCUGAAAGUGAUUUUUCCUUUAAGAUGAGGCCUUUUUUUUUUGUAUAGAAACCAGUCUGCCACAGCCCCUCCUUUCUUUCUCAUCAUGUUGUUAUUCACUGUGCCAGUGGCAGCUAUAGAUGGGCAGCUUCCAAGCACUUAUUAACACUUCUGAAUAGGAUUGCAGUAAUUUAGGGGAACGAGAGGCAUCCCAUCACCUUCCAUUAGCCACCAGCGAGCUGUUAUAGUACUGCAGAGCUUCAGGCUACAUGCUACCUAGUUAACAAACGCACACAAAGCAGCGACAAACAAAAGUAGCGUGGCGUCUAUAUGUAGCUCAAUUGUGCUUUUUGUACUUUGCUUCUUUCUUCUUUCUUUCCCUGCCUUCUCCAAUAAAUGCAAAUGGUGACACACCUGUUGA